GCCUUUCACACCUCGAUCUCAUCUCCUCUCUUUCCCCCUCUCCCCUCGUCUUUCCAUAUCUCUUCCCACCUGCAACCCUCAGUCCACCCGCACAAUGGCAAUCCACUACCUGAUCCUCUUGUCGCGGCAAGGCAAAGUGCGCCUUGCCAAAUGGUUCACCACUCUCUCCCCCAGGGAGAAGGCCAAAAUCAUCAAGGAUGUGACCCAGCUGGUUCUGUCGCGUCGCACCCGCAUGUGCAAUUUUCUUGAGUACAAAGACACCAAGGUCGUCUACCGUCGCUAUGCCUCCCUCUUCUUCAUCGCCGGUUGCGCAUCUACCGAUAACGAGUUGAUCACCCUCGAGGUCGUGCAUCGCUACGUCGAGCAGAUGGACAAGUACUACGGCAAUGUGUGUGAACUGGACAUCAUCUUCAACUUUCAGAAGGCAUACUUCAUCCUGGAUGAGCUGUUGCUAGCAGGAGAAAUGCAGGAGAGUAGCAAGAAGAAUGUGCUCCGGUGUAUCAGUCAACAAGACAGUCUGGAGGACAUGGAGGUCGAGGAAGAUGUGGUUACGAAGAUCAUGUAGAAGCUUCUCCGGCAGUCAAGCGUUUCUGUGUUUCUCUUGUUUGGGAUAAUCAUGAUUUUCUGGGCCCCGGGGGCCAGUGCUGUUGGCGUUGGACGUACUAUAGGCGUUGUGUUCUACUGUCGCGACCGUGUUUUUCUCUACUAAUUUAAUAACACCC